AUGGGAAUAUUUGAUAAUAUCUUAUAUCCUGACAAUGAAAAGAGAGAAAGAAGAGUAAAUGAGUUACAAGAUGAUAUUAAACUUUAUGUGUAUAAUAUCGUUGAAAAAGGAGAAAUGAUAAAUUCUCUUUUUGAAUCUUUAAAACAAAAAUUAGAUUCAAUUGGAGAUGAAUUGAGAUUUCCUGAAUUGAAAGAAGAAAUUACAAUACCGAUUUAUCAAGAAUAUAAUUUUUCAAUUUCUAAAAUUAUUAAAUAUGUGUUAGAUAUUGAAGUAUUUUCAAAAGUAACUAAUCAUGCUAAUAAAUUCAUAUUAAUGAAACGGAAGGGUGUUAGAAUUCCUUUUGAUAAUUUUGGGUUUAGUUAUUCUUGGACUCCUAAAGUUUUUGAAAGGAUACAAACGAUAUCUCUUGGUCUUGGUGGUGGUUUUGGUUUAUUUGAUUUAAUGAUAGGUGCUAUUUGGGGUGCUGAAUGUUUACAACCACGUAUUGAAUUGAAAUAUGAUGUAAUGGUUUUAGAUUUGCUUAUAUUUGAAUUUCAAGGAUUUAUAGGUGAAUUAGAAUAUAUUAAAAUUAGAAAACUGACAAGGGAAGAAUUGUAUGAAAUCUUUAAAUUAUUAGAACAAAGAUCUGUUGAGAAAGUUAAGGAAAUUAAUUAUAAUAAAGUAGAAGAAAUAUUAAAACAAAUGGAUGAACAAAGAGACUUAAUAUUAGAUAUUCAUUCUAACAUGAUGGAAGAAAAUAAGGAAAUUAUUUACGAAAAUGAUUCUGAAUAUGUUGAUACUGAAAUCAAAAAAUUUGUGUUAGAAGGAGGUUUAGAAAAUAAUCCCGAUGUGGAAACAAAGAUGGGGGUUUUCGAACCUUUAUUUUAUCCUGAUAAUCAAAACAGAUUACAAAGAGUGAACGAAUUAGCAAAUGAUAUUAGAACGUUUUCAGUUGAACUUAUUGAUAAAAAAGACAAAUUAGAUUUUGAGCUUGAAAGAUUAAAAGAAAUAUUAGAAAAAAUUGGAGAUGAUUUGGAAUUUUUUAAACUGAAAGAAGAAAUUAAAAUACCGAUUUAUAAAGAAUAUGAUUUUACAGUUCCUUUAGUUAUAAAAUAUAUUAUUGAGAGUUUGAUAGUUAUUAAAGCAAGUAAUCUGGCUUAUAAAUUUGCUUUAAUGAAAAAUUUUGAACAUAUUAGAAUUCCAUUUACUAGUUUUAAAUUUAAAUUUCGAUGGGCUCCUCAUAUUUUUGGAUUAGCAGUGGGUGGAGUUAUUGGUGUUGCUUUAGAUUUUGGAAUUGAUUUAAUUUUAGAUUCUAUUUUUGGUGCUAUGACAAGAGAUAGAUUGCAAAGUUAUAUUAAAGAUUGUCGAGAACCACAUAUUGAAUUAUAUUAUAAUAAGAUGGUUUUUGAGUUGGUUACAGAUGAAAUUAAAGCAUUGGUAAAUGGUUUGGAUUAUGUUCGAACUAGAAAUCCAACAAAGAAAGAAAUAGAAAACAUGCUUGAAGAGAUAAAAAUAAGAUGUGAUGAGAAAAUUAAGGAAAUUGAUGAUGGAAAUAAAGUGUGUGAAGCACUAGAAAAAUUAGAUAAAGGAAGAGAAUCUUGGGUAGUCGAGGGUUGA